CGAUGGUUCGCUAAAAAUGCUAAAAAAGUAAUCGGUAUCGUGCUCGUAAUAGGCACACGAAACCCUUUCACGUGCAAGCUCCCCCAGCCGGUGCACUUCGCUGAUCCAACUGGUAGACCAGCAAAGUGGUCGCCAUGGCCUUUGUUACGUGAGACACUAUACGUCAAAACGACCCUUGACGUUUGGCAAACAACCGCGAAGCUGAAAAUAUCUAUCAGCGUUGCCAAAGACGAAUCGCAGCCACCGAGUCUCUCCCGAGGUGUUGCGUUCAAACCCACUGACGUCGACGGUUGCUGUGUAUAUACGUGGAUCAAUACUUCAGUUCUCGGAGCUUGGCGCCACCGGACCCACCAGACUCUGGUCCAAAGUCGAACUUUAUUUGUAGAACUUGACGUGAGCGUGAGAGCCAACUGGACGAGCAAGGAACCACAUUCAAGAACAUUUUCAGGACUGUAUCCUGUCUGCAUUCAUCAGCUAGGCACGAUUUCGAAUAUGCAUCUCGUCAUUUUACUGCUUUCGGCAGUUGUCCUGAGCAGUGCAUCGAUGCAAUACAUGCCACCUCUCAAGCAAGAACAUUUAUUCACCGACAUUCUUCUUCGAGAAUUGGUGGACCGUAUGGGUAACGAAUUCGUCGAUGUUCCCGAGAACUACAUGGAUUUCCCUUACGAUUCGCGGUUGCAAAACGAGUAUGAAAAAGUGAAAGAAAUUCCGGCGGAAAUUUCACUCGAUUAUGACGGUAUUGACACCCCAAACCCGAACCCCAGCAUCCGUGAUCAGGAAUAUCUGCAGCAUAGCUCAUUGUGGAGUCACCAGCGUUUGAACAGUAACAACGGUAAUGACAGGCACAGGAUUCAAGCUGCCGGCUUAAAGGGCAUUAAGGACGAAAAAACUGAGACCAACUUACCCGCCUAUUGCACUCCACCAAACCCCUGUCCCAUUGGCUAUACAAGUGUGGAUCAUUGCAUAACAAAUUUUGAGAACACCGCCGCCUUCAGUCGUGAUUACCAGAGUGCUCAAGACUGUAUGUGCGACAAGGAACACAUGGUGGAUUGCACCAGUGGAUCAGAGAAUAACGAGGGCCUUUCAAACAUGCACAUCUCGAAUUCAGAUUUCGACCAAAUUGUCGAACAGUUCCAACAUGAAAAUCCUUUCUUCCAAGGGGAAAAGCUACCCAUUGCAGCUAAGAAGGGCAUUAACGUUGGUUAUUAAUUAACUAA